UUUGAACCGUUUGAACUAAGGUCACAUAGCCGCCAAACUUGCGCGAUUUCAUCUGAUGGCGGUCGGUCAAGGUUAGUCCUCAGAAUGAUAGGGACUGAGUAUGGACACUGUAAUAUUUGCUUUGAUGCAGUGCCAUAUGAAAACAUGUUAUUUCUUUCUGCUUGCGGGUGUUCUUUUUGCCGUCAGGUUAGUUUAUUUGGCUGUAAAUGAAAACUUAUUAUGUAGUGUAUUAGACCUGAGCCAAAUAGUUGUUUUGUUUUAUACAUAUGUAUGUUUAAGAUUUUUUGGUCAGCAAAGGUAUUGUUAAGUUUCUGUAGGCAAUUACUCAGGUGUUCAAUCAAUCAGUUUAUCUACAAACAAAAUGCUUGAAUAUAUGAAAUAGUUAGGCUGCUAGAUACAGUGUAGCUCAAGUACCUAGUAAACGAAGAGCUUAUUUCUGCUCAGCACAUUCCUCACAAGGCCUUAGAAGUGGCUAAUUGAGGUGAGUUAAAUGAACAUUUGACGUAUAAUACAUAGAAACCAUUCGAAAAUCCGAAGACAUUUGCAUAAUAUAGAUAUUAUAACGCUUAGUAGCUUGGUAAAAACCCCACUAAUACUUCUUGACUUUGUCACUGUGAUUCUGUUAUUUACAAUCACGAUUUAGACUUACGUAACUACAUUUUUGUUAGUUGUUCUUAGGAGAGGGUUUAAAGUUGGUACUCUUUCAGAGGAUUAACCUGAAUCUCUUGGCUUCAAACACGGGCGUCUUUUCCAAGUUGUCUAGGUUUCAGUGAUUGCAACUGGACCAUAGUAGUUGAUAACAUUAAACUGCUACUCAAACGUAGUGUGAAAAUCACCUUGUAUAUAUAUUGCUAACCACUUAAGAAUCAUCUUGGUAUUCGCGUUUGUUUAAAAAAAGUUGUAUUAUGGUUUGUUACCGUUUUUAGUAUAUUAUUAUUCAUCUGGCUAAUACUUAUCAAGAUAAAAUUACGUGUAUCACUCUAGCUUUUUUCUUUUUUAAAUGUAUCUGCCUCUGUAACAGUAAAAGAAAAGAAUUCUUCGGGUAUGCUAUUUUCGAGCGAAAAAUACUUUAAGUCAACGGCUGUAGGUGCUCAGCGACCAUAUUAGGAGGAUUUUUAUUGUCGUGCAUUUGAGACGUCACCACUUAUUGCUUGUAAUCAAAGCUAAGUGACUGAAUCGUUUUCCACUACUGCAUAUAUAGCAAGGCAACAAACUGACACAAAAACCUCAGUAAAGUUUAGAUCAUAUCCCUAGGUAGUUUUUUGCCAUCUCUCUUCACCUUCCUAUUUUUCGUAGUGAUUUUACUAUUUAGCACAUAUUUUAGUCCUUACAGAUUUCUGUUCAAAAAAGAAUUUAAUUAUGAUUCGAAGCAUGCGAAAAUUAGGUGUUUGUUUCACAUAAAUAUUUUGAUUAGUGUAUUGUUGUAAAAACAUGAUAUGUAUUGCUAGUGACCAGGGCAUUGGAUUUGUCUUCCGCCUGAAGGGACGAUUGGACAGGUGUAAGUUAUGCUAUGACCGAGGUUUCGACUUAAGUAAUAGCCGAUUUUCGGUUGACUCGAAUAUGGUGGAUAUAUUAAGCUUUAGCAUACCCUUAGCUUUAGACAGCUGUACAAUACGAUAUUUGGAUGUUUACGUCUUGUGAAGUCUAUAGAUUUUAGCCUCAAGUACUUCUCAGUGUUUUCAUUAAAUAUGAUAAAAGAAAUAUGCUUCACUCGAAUGUUCAAACCAAUUUGUCGGUAAACCGGUUGUGCAGCUGUAUGCAUAUAUUGUACGGAUUUGAUUUUCUGUCAUAUGAUCUGGUCUACAUAUCGUACCAUUUUUUAUCUAUGGUAUCACUGUAUAUCGUACUACUCAUUUCCGUUACCGAACGAGAAGUCUUGGUGCAGUAGGGCAUUUGGAACUGUACCACCCAGACGAAAUUACAUCACUUUUAAUUAAAAAGAUAGUCAUACAAUCAAUAAAUAACAGGAGUAGUACGCACCGAACAAUAUGCUUCAAGUUAUAGCAAAACCGGGAUUAAUUACUUCCCUUCAAAGGAAACAUCUUUUUACGAGGAAUUCAAUAGAGUAACCACUGACAUUUAUUCUAAGCUAGAUCAGAUAGCGUUUUAGACCACUGAAUCCCAUGAUUCCUCGGGCUUCACUCACCUAAUCGUGGAAUUAUGGUAAGACUAAGCAAUCCUGUGAAAAAAUGCUGCUGGUUCAAAUAGUUGGAAAGAAUGUUAUUUUCUCAUGUUAUGUUUUCACAGUUUUCGUGAUGAGCUUUCACUAAGUUAACAAUUUUUUUGGACAUCCUCGUUCAACAGACAAUCCUUUUUAGGAAGUCGAAAGCCUUAAUAUAAAGAUCUAUCGUUACCAUAAUAUUUACAGCGCUGUUCAAGCGUUCAGUGGAGAGUGAACGAAAAAUGGAUAUGCUGCUCUGGCUUCGCAAAAAAUGUGGAUUAUGCAAAUCAUUCUUUUAGACCUUACAUAACCGAUUUAUAUACUGAUGACAUUCAUUAAACAAACCCUUUAUAACGGUAGAUUAAGAUCGUUUUAUAGCAGCAUCAAUUUCUGCUACAUUGAAGUUUACUAUUCAACUGUGUAUUUGAACGACUUUUAAAAGUCGUAAAAUCUAAGUGUUUUGGGAGCUUUACAAAGCUUCCAUUAUUAUAACUGUUUACUUAUCAAUCGAGAGUAUAUUCAUAUCAAAGCUUGCGUUAACUCGAAGUAUUUUUACUUCAUAGUGCUUGAAAACGUAUGUUAUUACAGUAUUACGAGAUCGAGUUGAUGUUAACUGUGCUUGUCCAAGUUAUCCAUGUAGUCAAAGUGGUCAUUUGACAGACUCAGAGGUAGGGUGUUUCAGUUAUCCAAAUUUCUAUUACUCUAGAUAAGAGAAUUGCUGCCUUCUGACGUUUACGAACGUUUUUCUGUAAAGAAGCUUCAGCGAGAAAUCGAGCAGAAUGUAAAUCUAACAUUUUGCCCAGCAGUAAAUUGUGGUGCUGUGUGCCAAGUUCCUUCUAUUUUAAAAGUACCCAUGCGAAAUGGAAUAAACCCAUCUACCAGAAGUAAUAAACAUGCUCUGGAACGGUUUACUAGAUGGUACAGAAGAUAUCUUUGCAGUUCACAAGGAGAUACCACUCAUGUUUCUCCCAGCACCAAAAGUACGAGUUUUCAUGCCGAUGACACAUCAAAAAUUCCAAAUAACGCAUAUUACAAGCCUAUCAGUAAUCUCAGGGAUGAAGACAAAGAAGAUUGUGUAACGACACCCACCAGUGAAGGUGCUGGAGAGAAGGAUUUACUCCAUAUCUCUGAAAAAAGAACGUUGAUGUGUCAAGUGAGUCCUGGUCGCCCAGCUGUACGCGUCGUAUGCAAACAGUGUUCUCAUGAAUUUUGUGCUCGAUGCCAUUUAAACUGGCACAUCGGAGUUGGACCGUAUGUGUGUGAAGAAUAUCCUCGUAACGUUGUCAAGGGAAAUAAAAAUUUAAGCACUCAAUUUACUAGUCAACAAAAUUUACUUGGAAUUUUGGAGGAAAAUGUAAAUGCCUCGGAUCAUAUUAAUCCUCAUUCAGAACCAGAUCCUAUUAUAUUUCAGAAACACCAGUCACAGUCUGUGACGCAAAAUCCAGAAAUCAUCAAGUCAUUACCAUCCUUGAGAAAACCUCCAGAGAAAAACAAAAUAAAUAAAGUCUCACUCCGGCGAUCCAAAAGAAAACGGCGUAAUUAUUUACAGAGUCAUGCAAGUAUUCAUCUUAACAAUCAGGAUAUCAGUGAUACAAUUGAUGUCUCCGUUCUUGCUGUUGGGUUUCCUCCAUAUUCUCCUGAUGACUGGCUGAAACGUUGUCCUGCCUGCCUAGUCCCUAUUGAACGUAUCGAAGGUUGCGCUCAAAUGAUGUGCCGGUCAUGCAAACAUACCUUUUGCUGGUAUUGUUUGACUUCAUUGGAUGAUGAUUUCCUUCUUCAACAUUAUGAUGACGGGGCCUGUAAAGGAAAACUUGGUCAUUCUCGUGCAUCAGUAAUUGGUCAUCGAGUUUAUGUUGUCAGUGUAUUUACUGGAUUAACGAUUUUAUUACUGGUUGCUGCUCCAUUUAUCAUGGUUGCUGUGCCAUGUAUUAUUUGUGCAAAAUGUCACCGGCUUUAUCGCCAACACCGUCUACGCAAACGGCAUUCUCAGGGUUUAUAUAUGGUUAAUGGUCGUGUAUUAAAUACACCUAUAUCUUCUAAUGUGCAAAAUGAUCGAACAGAUACACCUCAACCUACUUCAUCAACUCCUCAUCAUAGUAUAUUUAUACCAUCUUGUAGAUCGUCUAUUGUUAGUGCUGAUCACCGACCAACUGUCGAACAAAAAGCUGAUAUUCAUUGGUCACCUUGGCAAAACGAAUUUAAAUGUACAUCUACUCUUAAAGUUAUGCAUCGCUCCAAAUCUGUACCUGCUUACUGUUGUACAGUACCACCUAAUAGCCUACUCAUGACUUCACAUACGCCGUAAAUUUCCCGAGUUUUUAGUCGUAAUGGAAGAUCAAGAAGUUAUAUAUAUAUUUCACAAUCGUUUCUGUGUUCACAAAAUUCAUAGUAAAUGAUCUUAUCAAAUCUUUUUUUUGCUUGUAUACUUUGUAUGCGAAAAAAGGAAAACAUAUCUCAUUACUUACAUUCUUUUAUUCCUUGAUACACCAUAUAAUAAUAAUAAUAAUAGUAACCUUUUUUUACUUAAGUUUCAGCGUUCUGUUCUAUUGUCAGAAUAUCCCUGUAAUGAUGCAUUUAUUAGUUUGUCUACUUUCAUUUACUUUUAACUUGAUCAUAUAAUUGUAAGUCUUCAUAUGUAUGUAGAUAGCUAUCUAGACAUAUGUACAUAAAUAUAAUCAUUCCAAGAGUGAAAUUAAUGCAUGAUAUUUCUCUUAACAUCUACACUACCCCCAUAAACUAAUUUCUCUCUAUCACUGUGAAUGUUACUUGUUGUGUCAAUUCAAUUUUCUUUUGCAUUGCCCUAUUCUCUUGAAAGUUGUAUCACAAUAAAAAGCACCGUCCCUAGUGAAUUGCAUAUAUAUAUAUUACUUAUCUAUUUACUUAGAAUAAUUAUUAACUUAUUUGUUUAUUUACUUACUUAUUUACAGUAAUUUGUUUCUAUCUAGUUCUCUCUUUUUCGCUAAAUUGACUUCGUUUUUUUUUAAUUUAAGAAAAAGACACUAUUCUUAUAUAUGCAUGCAAUAUUAAUGUUUUAUCUUCUUUUAAAAGUUCAAUUCUAUCUAUUACUUGUUCAAACAAUACAAUAUACAAAACAAAAAACUUUCAUACUUUCCAGGGAUUAUUUCCAUUUGUAUGUAUGCACACAUGUAUAACAUUCGUUGUGUGCUUUUUCAUUUCAUCUCUUUUACACACUAUUCUUACCAAGUACGUAGUUUCCAUAACUAUAUAUUAUCUUACUGAUAUUCUAUGAUUUAGAAUAUAUUAGGUAAAAAUACUAAUUUUACUAGUCAUGAACUUGCAUUUCUCAUUCUUCUUUAUCUCUACUGUGAUAAAAUUUUGUACAAAUAUAAUAUAUACGUAUACUAUUUAUUAUUUAUAGUCUUAAUUGGUUAUGCAACUAUUAAUUGCAUAUGAUACCGCUUGUUGUUAGACUCGUCAUUGUUAUUGCUAUUACUAAUAUUGCAACAUGUUACUACUUUUAUCAUUACUAUUUUUAAUAUUAUUACUUUACUUGUAACAUUUGCAUUCUUAAGUUGGAUGAUUGAUUAGCGCUUAUGUAUCAAUUUACUGAGCUUAUUUCUUUUCUCUUUUCAUACAUUUGUCUUUUCUUUAAUGAAACGGUGGUUUGUGAUAGUAACUUGUGUUUAUUUCAAUUAGGAUGAGCUACUGCUUUAGUGGAUAUUAUUUAAAAUUACCUUGAAUGUCUUGUAUAAAAGUGGUUAAGGCAUUUUGUUUGUUAAGCUUUUCAGGAAUAAUUAGUUGAAAAUAUUGUGACUUGCAGUGUCCGUAUCUAAUACUAAUACGCAAUCCUCCUAUAUACGAGGGUGAGGUUUUAGUGGCCCGGGAUCUGACUCCAGUGAGAUCAUUUCUGAUUGAUAUUGAGACAUACAUAUUGUCAAUCGUCGUAUAGAAUUAUCGACUUAAUUCGCGUUAGUGAAUAACGAAAUUAAAUAAAUAUGAGAAUGGAAUUCGAAUACAUGUAUUUUGUACACUUUGAUCUGGACAGACAAUCGGAGGAACGAAGAGGAGAGCUAAGCGAAAUGAAAUGACGCGCAGUGAGAAAGGCACGUAUGCCAACUCUAUUUAAUCAAGCAUUAAUCGAUGUUUAUAGCCGAACAAAAAUAAGUUACAGACAUGUGAUGAAUAUGAUAAGACGUGCUCACACGUACAUUCAUAAAAACAGUCAAGGUUGAUAAGCUUGUAAUUAACAAGGUCAAAAUGUGACUCAAGAAUAAUGAAUAGACUGGCUUGUCCGGAAGCUAGAGUAAGCUAUGUGGGCUUAACCGAUACUACGACUUUCACAACUGUCUUUCAUUCUCGGAACUUCCUUAAUUCAUAAAUUUUACGUUUACCCAACCUGAUUUGUGCUCAUAUUUACGUAUGUGGAUUGGUAUAAGUGGUAAUACAUUAUAUUUCACCGCUAGUCCAUGUUUCCAAUGUAGUGGACGUUCACUUGUCUACCUUCAAUGUGUGUAGGAUGAAAUAGACUAGUUGUGUCGCUAUGUUGGUAACACUGAUAUGAAAGGACUACCAAAAUGUCUUUUUUAUAGCAGGAUGACUUGAUUUUUAGGGAUGAAUUGAUGAUGAAAUAUCAAUUUGUUAGCUAUUUUACUGGAAACGGAACAAACUUGUGUUUCCCCUAUUUUUCAUGCAGCGCGAGUCCUUCAGUAGGUUUUGGUCCUGAAUAGAGUGUGUACCCAACUUCUUGUGCAUUGUUAGUCUGUUAUUGUUCUAAUUUCAUGUUCGAUCCAUGUGACUUGAAUUUCCUAUGUUUGUAGAUUAACGGUCUGUAUGGUAUGGAUUAGUCAAUAAAGUCAACACUUGAUUACCACACUUAACUCCUUUUCGCCACAUCAUAAAUGUUUGUUGUCUAGAUCACUACGUUUUUAAUGAUCAUGCUACUAUUUCAAGUAGAGAGUGUGUGUAGUGACCAUUUAACCAAGGAUAGGACAUAAACGUUUGCAAACUCGAUUAUCUCAUAAUUGUGUUUUGAGACUUACCAAGGUAAGAGAAGCGACAGAACAUACAUCUACAUAACUCCGGUAUUUUCACUUUCUAUGACUAUUAUGCCAUUUGAAGGACUUUGAGCCUAAUCGCCUUUAGGAGAUUAUUAGGAGUAACUUGUCCAUGCAACAUUUUUGGUCUGUUUGAACUAAAUGUGCUAAGGUCGAGUUGUUUGCAUUCUUAACUAUUCAUUUACUUAUCUGGACUUGGAGCUGUUUAUAGACACGAAAAUGUAGUUUCCUGGGUCAUCGGCUGAUGCCACUUGCUCUACAGUCUCAGUUGAAUUAAUAAAUAUAAAAGAAAUAGCUGUUGUGCUUAUUCUAUGGAGGAAGUGUUGAUCAGAUACUUCCAUAUGAAAUACUAGGUAACAUAGGAAAUAGUUUUUGCUGUAAGACCAUUGUGAGAAAUCUAGGAAGGUGCUGAUCAUAAUUAAGUCACGAACAUAUUGGUUGGUUCUUUCAUACAAAUAUAAACUAAUUAUUGGCUGUGCUAUUAUGCUGACUGAAAAUCGAUGUUUCGAAGUAUAAUAUGAUAUCGAUCACUACGGUCCAUAAUUAUGUGGUCUGUGCAUUUUAAGGUGUUAUUUUCAAUAUUUUUUCGUGGAAAUGUGACUGAAGAAUUUGUGAUAAUCUGUUCUGUCCAUUUUUGUAUUAUGAAAACAGAAGCAGACAACAACAUUAUUUAAACAUUUAAUUUUCUUCUUUCAAUGCCCACAAAAUAAAAUAUUCGUAAUAUUUUACUUGUAUUACUAUAAACACAAUAUAUAAGUGAACAUUUAGUACGAAUUUCGUAGGUUAUUCACACUUUAGUGAAAAUAAAACUUAACUAUUGCUCUUGAUUCUCACAUAUCGUAUCGUAACGUAUGAUUGAAUUAUCAGUGUAUUAUAUUUAAAUUCACUUAAUCAAUGUGUUUAGAUUCAAAGUAUAUCCUAUUAAUGGAUUUGAUGAUAAUAAGUGUAAACCAAAAUGAACAUCUACUACAGGAUUUCAAUUCGAUUAGAAUGAGAUCAUUCAGUUCCAGUUAAUGUGACUAAAAUGAAUCUUUCAUUGUAAACAAUGUUUCUAUUUAAAGAUUGUUUGCAUCAUAACUGAAUACCAGUAGUGUACUACUAAUCAUCAAGUAGCAUUGAAUACUUUUUUUCAUCUUACUUCGGUGAUAAACAACUCACAUCCAACUUGGUUGAGCCUCACUAGUCACAACUUCUAGAUGAACUACCAAGAUUUCAGUGAGAAGUUGUGGCUGAUGGAGUCUAGUCAAUUUGUGUCUGAGACAGAUAAUACUGACUAAAUUAAAUAAUUAUCGCUAUAAACCACAAAUUAACUGAAAUUCUAAAUCUAUAAUACUGGAUUCUAUCCAGCUUAGUAUAUUCUAAACAAUUAUACCCACCAAGAGGCAUGAUGAUCUCCAGCUCUAUUUCACUUUCUAGUUUUCAAUAGUUUUUCAAUUACUGUAACUUCAUGUUGAAAACUUUUUGAAAUAGAUCUCUACAAAAUUGUGAGUUUCAUCGAUCCAUAAUGUUAAAGCUGAAUCUUACCUCAUUCAUCAAUAUUGUUAACAUUUUCAUUGAUUUCACAUGAUAUAAAACACUAAACGUUUACCAAGUUUCUUUUAUUAAUUUAAUAACUAGAUUAUAGUAACAGUUUAAAUUUUGUUAAAUUCUUUUAUUGCAUAAAAUGUGUGUAUCUUAUUGCUUAAGAUUAUUUCACAUAACAAAUCGUUUAUAGCAGCUCACGUGCAGUUGGGUUUGUUCACAUUUAAUUUGGUUAAGCCGUUUUGUUAACUUAUUUAACGGAUAGAGUCAUUUCUACAGUAACAACUUACCUAUACCAUUAUACCUUUAUUAUUAUUGCACUUGUAUGAAUAUGUAUACUUGAGCAUUGCUUACUGCUUACGUAUAUAUUCAUUCUGCUAGCCUUACUAUUUGUCGCUUAACUGAUUCAAUGGUUCAUUCAUUUCACUAUGUAUAUGUGCAUGUACAUUUUAAUAAUGUUCACUCGUUUGCCCUCUUGCUUUUCGGCACUACUUUUCCAUGCUUGCUUAACGUACCUGUAAUUUUGAUGAUCUGUGCGUAGUACAAUAAUAUAAACGUAAUCAGCACUUCGUGUUCGCCUUCUGAUUAAUACACCAUUGGAUCGUUAUCUAGUGAGGGUUAUCAGGAUGAACUGUACACUAAGUUUAAGGACUAUAUUGAAUACUGACCACUACAUGCUCAUCUUAUUUUUUUUCACUUUCAUUUAAUUGACACAUCAAAAUUUGUAAAUAAUUUUCAGCUCUAAUUUAAUGACUUAUUUUGUUUGUUUUUUCAAAUAUUUGACUAUGUGUUAGGGAUUUAAGAUCCCCAGAACUCAUUUGGUAAAUGCCUUAAUUUUGCAAUUUUAUUUUGAAAAUUUGAAUUUCCUUGUUUUUGCGCCAAAAACGCCCUUUUCACCUUCAUGUCGUAUUUCCCACUUGGGAGAAUCUUUAACGUUAUCGGUUCGUUGUGUAUUUCAGUAUGCUAAUUUGUAUCGCUUUCCAAUGACAGUUUUAUGCUGUAUAUAUACGUUUGAUUUGUGUCUGUUCUUAUCGCUCGUGUUUCUGGCUUUUUGCGGAAUAUACUUCCCUGUUCGAACUUCGACAUCUCUUUCUAGUUAGCGGGCCUAGGACGCAAUAGAAUGGCUAGUUUACUGGUCACAAGCCUUUGUUCCGUUCGCAGACUAACUGAACUCGUAAUCGCUUCAAACAUGGCACUACGGUAGAAUUUCUUUUCAGCAUCACAUUUUAAUAUAUAAAUAUAUAUCAGCUUUAUUAAAGCUGAUAGAUGACACUUUUGUUACGAUCAUCUCUUGAAAUAAUUAAUG